CUAGGCAUGCAGACUGCUUCUACAAACAUUGGUGAAAAAAUGGGUCGCUCUCAGGAGCUCAGUGACUCCAAGCGUGGUCCCGUGAUAGGUUGUCACUUGUGCAAUAAGUCCAUCCGUGACAUUUCCUGGCUACUAAAUAUUCCACACUCAACUGUUAGUGGGAUUAUAACAAAGUGGAAGCAACUGGGAACAACAGCAACUCAGCCACCAAGUGAAUCAAUAGCUAAAGACCUCCAGAUUUCAUGCUUCUCUGUUUGGCUAUCCGAUGGACAUGUCUGGGUUUGUCAUUUGCCAGGAGAACAGUACUUGCCUGAGUGCAUUGUGCCUAGUGUA